AUGUAGUCAUCCCUGACAGCAUCAGGCUUUGCCCCUUUAAACUCUCAGGUGCAUGCUGCAGCGGUGAAUGGAGACAGGAGCUCUUUACAGAGACUAAUCACAGCUGAUCCGUGUCUCAGGGACAGUGAGGAUCAGUUUGGGAGGACUCCUCUCAUGUACUGUGUGCUGGCCGACCGCUUGGACUGUGCUGAGACUUUACUGAAGGCAGGCGCUUCUGUGAACAAAGCUGACCACAGCAAAAGAACUGCUCUGCACCUCGCUGCCCAGAGGGGAAACGUGCGCUUCAUGAAGCUUCUGCUGUCGAAGCAUGCUGAUUGGCUGCUGAAGGACGUGGAGGAAAUGACGUCGCUGCACCUGGCCACCCGCCACGCCAGCGCCAAGCCCCUGUCUCUGCUCCUGAAACACAUGGCACCGGGAGAGGUGGACACUCAGGACAGGAACAAACAAACAGCAUUACACUGGAGUGCCUUCUACAACCACCCUGAACACGUGAAGCUGUUGAUAAAACACGACUCGAACAUCGGCAUCCCAGACAGUGAGGGCAAAAUCCCCCUGCAUUGGGCAGCUCACAACACACACCCCAACGCCACACACACUGUGCGCUGCAUCCUGGAGGCGGCCCCCACCGAGUCGCUGCUGAACUGGCAGGAUUAUGAGGGACGCACGCCGCUCCACUUCGCCGUGGCCGAUGGGAACGAGGCUGUGGUGGAGGUCCUGGCGUCCUAUGCUGGCUGCAACGUCACUGCCUACGACAACCUGUUCCGGACGCCUCUGCACUGGGCCGCGCUGCUGGGCCAUGCAAGGAUUGCUCAUCUGCUGCUGGAGAGGAACAAGUCAGGCACGAUUCCAUCAGACAGCCAGGGGGCCACGCCACUGCACUACGGUGCUCAGAGCAACUAUGCUGACACAGUGGCCGUGUUCCUGAAGCACCCCUCAGUCCGGGACGAGCCUGACUUGGAGGGGAGGACGGCGUUUAUGUGGGCUGCUGGGAAGGGUAGCGAUGAUGUCAUCAGGACCAUGCUGCAGCUGAAAGGGGAACUGGACAUCAACAUGGCUGACAAAUACGGAGGAACAGCGCUCCAUGCGGCGGCCCUUUCUGGCCAUGUGUCCACCGUGCGUCUGCUGCUGGAGCAGGGAGCCAUGGUGGAUCCUCUGGACGUUAUGAAACACACUCCUCUCUUCCGUGCCUGUGAGAUGGGACACCGGGAUGUCAUUCUCACACUCAUCAAAGGUGGCGCAUGCGUAGCUCUGGCAGACGUAGACGGACACUCAGCCCUGCACUGGGCGGCGCUGGGCGGGAACGCGGAGGUGUGUGAGGUGCUAAUGGAGAACGGGCUGGGGCCGAAUCUACAGGACCAGGCGGGCCGGACCCCCCUGCACUGCGCCGCGUAUGCCGGCUACAUCAACUGCAUGGCCCUGCUCAUCCAACACCACGCAGACCCCAACAUUCAAGACAAGGAGGGAAGGACCGCUCUCCACUGGUCAUGUAAUAAUGGGUAUCUGGAUGCUGUGAAGCUGCUCUUGGGGUGUGGAGCUUUUCCUAACCAUAUGGAGCAUACAGAAGAAAGAUACACUCCCCUGGACUACGCCCUGCUGGGAGAGCACCAGGAGGUGACCCAGUUCCUGCUGGAGCACGGCGCCUUGUCCAUCGCGGCCAUCCAGGACAUCGCUGCCUGCACCAUCCAGGCGCUCUACAAGGGCUACAGAGUCCGCCGCGCUUUCAGGGAACGCAAGAACCUCCUAAUGAAACACGAGCAGCUUCGCAAGGACGCCGCCAAGAAGAGGGAAGAGGAACGCAGGCGUGAAGCAAAGCAACAGAUCUCAUUGGCUGAGGUGGUUUCCAGACAACAGAUCUCAUUGGCUGAGGUGGUUUCCAGACAACAGAUCUCAUUGGCUGAAGUGGAUUCCCAGCAGCAGAUCUCAGUGGUGCAAGCAGGAGGCAAGAGGCUGUCACUGGCAGAGAUGGGCCACGGUGGAGAUGUUAAUGACCCGGUGAUGCCUAAAGGUCCCAAACCUCGAAGACCAUCCAAAGCACAGCAUAGCCAAUCACAGAGCAGAACAAACAAAAAGCACAAACAUCAAGAGCGCAGGACGGAGACUGAAACACCGAACCCCUCGCACCCCUCUGCGACCCCAACCCAGCCAGUGACCUCUCCGAGCCCCAGGCACCACGCAGACACGGCGACGGAGGUGUGUGUGUCUGAGGAGCGCGUGCCAAGUAUGGCAUGCCGAUCGCCGGCGGGGCCCAGCAGGCAGGGCAGUUCCAGCCUUGGCUUCGCGGGACUCCACCCAGCAGGGGGAGCUGCGGAGCCUGACCCGGCACCCACGCUCGCCACCCGCGGGCCCACGGCCACGGCCCGCCCCAGGACUGCAGGGACCCGGCACAGGGCUUCUCCAGCAGCCGCCGCAAAAUCGUCUCUGGCCGGACCCGUCCCCGCCGGCGGCUCGGGGGACGCCACUCUCAAACCGGCGUCCGGGAGGAGCCGCCCGGCGCCGGCGCUCCGGCCGCCCGGGAGGGACGCGGGCAGCUCGCGGGACGGAUGGCCCGAGAGGGACGAGGCCAAACGAGGCACGGAGAGGGAGACGGGAGGGCGGGCCGCGAGCGUGGCUGGAGGCGAGAGGGGGGCGGGGAGAAAGUCGGAGCGGCGCCCGGGAGCCGGCACGGAGACGGGGCGGAAAGACUGCGAGAGAGCAAAGGGAGCGGAACGAGGGAAAGAGCAGAGGAGGAUGAGAAAGAGCCAAGAGACGGAAGCAGCGCGGAGAAUCCAGAGCGCGUGGAGGAGGUUCUGCGUUCGGCGUCGGCUGAGGGAAGUGCUGAGGGAGAGAGUUAAAAGGGCGGAGCCUGCAGAGGUCACCGCCCUUCUGAUUCAAACAUUAUGGGAGCGGCCAAUCCAAGAGGAUCUCUCUCGCCAGAGGAGCACUUCGGAAGAGCGGUCGCCUGUUGGCAAGGCGGCAGGGAAGAAGAGCUCUGUACUACAACAGAUCUACGGAGGUGCCCAGGCCAAAAGGGGGCAGCCUCUCAGAGCUGUGCACACCCUCAGUUCUCACAGCCAGAGUCAACCUCUACUGGACCUGUCGCUGAAGAGUGCCAUACAGCUGAGCGGUGUGGAGUGUGUGCACCUACUGGACUCUCUGAGUCAAGCUAAGCAGUACUCCUAUCAUCUACGACCACAGAGUGCCUGCAGUCAGAUCAACAACAGAAGCAAGGAAUGAUGGACCCUCAGCACACACACACACACACACACUCAACCAGAGUUACCACAGCAGGAACAUGUUGCACCAUCAGUAUACCAUACACAUGCACAAGCAGAUGACCAAUAUACUGAAGCAGGGUCAUGUGUACACACACACACACACACACACACACACACACACACACAAUCCCCAGUACUAAAUUAAACCAGCAACUGACAUACAUGCAAACACCUCCUCCACAGACAACUCAGAAUCAUCCUUAAAACCAUUCCACUUGUGUGCUUGAUCAACCCCCGAGUCAGACAUGUGUGGCCAGAGAGACAGACAUGACAGUUUUAGAUCAUGUUUUCCAAAAUCCUCCAUAAGUGCCAACACCAGAGUGGUGAUGAGCACUGAUUUUAAACUAAUGACAAUUCCAGGUUAAGCGAACAGUGUCUAAUUUGUUUGACUUCGUGACUUUGAAAUUGCCUGUGCAAACGAAGAUUUACUAAACCCUCAGAAUAUUCCUAUUUUAGGGAGAAUGUUUGAGGGAGAGAGAGAAAAAGUAUGUUCUUCAGAUCGGAUGUGGCUCUAGUCCAUGUGUCCAGAACAAACCUUGUUUUGCUGCCAUUGACAACCACAUAUGUCAGAGGUUAAGCCCACAAAUGCAACAUACGUAUGCGAUAACCUUUCAUCCUGUCAUCGGCAAGUUAUACGCCUGUCGUAUGGGUGACAUACACCUGACAUAACAAGACCACCUGCACGGGACUACUUAAUACAUGCUGGGGGGGGAUGCCAGGUGCCGAUGAGCAGGGCGCGAGUGGAAAUUCACACCGGCCCUGGCGAGCGAAAGCGCGAGGAGCCCGCGUGGCCGUUCCGUUUCGCUGCGUCACUGGCGUUUCAGUUUUAUUUUAAACUCCAAGCAGCCUGUUGGAUGCGUCAGACCAACUGCUCUUAUCUUUUGCUGCAAAACCUGUUCACUCUUUUAUGUUUAAUUUAUACCGUGUCUUUAUACCACAAGCAUUAUUUGCUUGUUCGUGUGCUCAUCCUUUGCUCUUAUUUAUUCUGAAGAGCCAUGUUUUUUAUUUUGUGUCCAGCGCCAUCCUUAUUUUUAAAAUCUUGUCUUUUCAGAUGCUUGCAGAAUGUCGCUUUUUCCCCUCACCGCUGAGUUAUAACGAUGAUAUGCUGCUGGGUGCACUGGGAAAGGGAGCUUGUGCGGCGCGGCUCCGGUGGAGAAGCCGGUGUGUGAAAAGCUCCCCGGAGCCGUUCUGUCCACAGGGCGCAUUCCCCGCUAAUCACCCCCGCCCCAGGGCAGACUAGCACAGAGACCCUCCUUUAUCGAUCUCUAAAAAUAGUCCUGAUGGUUUCUUUUGGUUGUAAAAAAAAAAAAAAAAGAAGAAAAAAAAGAUGUUCUCUGCCCACAGCAGCCCCCUGUAAGCAAUUACCAAAUUUUUACUGUCAUUUCAUAGUUUGAAGACUUCUGUUGAUCAUUAAUGGAAUACAGAUGAAAGGUUGGUUGUCGAGUGGUUGCUAUGCAGUCGUCAUUAGCACCUUGUGUAUAACUAUUAUAAUCUUGUCUGUUUAAACACAUUUUUAUUUUUUGUUAAUAAAGCAAAAAUAAAGAAACCAGGAACACCGAUCAA